CCGAAACGGAAACGCUUGAGUUCUCCUUGCUGUGUAGAAGCUUCGAACCAGAGACAGAGACAGAGAGAGGGAGAGGAAGAAGACGAAGCAUCUGCUGCAUACCCUCCUAAUCGCUUGGAUUUCACUUUACGAGGUCUCUGCUGUGAGAUAAAAUUUGCCGAUUCUUCGCUAACAAGGACAAAGUGCUGAUGGAGGACUGGGAAGAAGAUGAUCAAAUUCCACCUCUUGUUUUAAAGGAGCAACCAAAGAACAAAUGGGAUGAUGAGGAUGUGGAUGAGAAUGACAUAAAGGAGUCAUGGGAAGAUGAAGAUGAACCUGCUCCGGCACCUGCGCCUAUACCUCCUGUUGAAAAGGCUCCAAAGAAGUCUGUGGCAAAAGCAGCUGAGAAGAAGGGGAAAACAGUUGAAGUCGAGAAGCAAGAGCAACUAGAUCCUCUUGUUGAAAAACUACGGCAACAGAGAUUAGUGGAAGAAGCUGAUUACGAGUCCACAGCAGAAUUGUUCGCUAAGAAAGGUGAUGAGAAGACCCUUGAUAACUUUAUUCCGAAAUCCGAAAGUGACUUCCUCGAGUAUGCGGAGUUGAUUGCUCAUAAGCUUCGUCCAUACGAGAAGAGUUUCCAUUAUAUUGGAUUGCUCAAGGCAGUGAUGAGACUCUCAAUGACUACUUUGAAGGCGGCAGAUGCAAAAGAAGUUGCAUCUUCUGUUACUGCAAUUGCCAAUGAAAAAUUAAAAGCUGAAAAGGAGGCCAAUACUAAAAAGAAAGCAGGUGCAAAGAAAAAGCAACUCCACGUGGACAAGCCAGACGAUGAUAUUGUGGUUGAUGGAUACACAGCUCUUGAUGACUACGAUUUCAUGUGAGAUUUCCGUUGAGGGUCUUUUGUACUUGAGAUUUGGAUUUUGGAGUAUUGCAUUCCUGUUACAAAGUAAAGAUAGAAACUGGCAAUUGGCAUAUGGCGUCUUAUAGCCAUUUUUCAGAGAUCGAUAGUGAGCGCAGCCGCACGGUAUGAUGAAUAAGAGAACUAGUUGAGGGUGUAUCUAAUCAUAGCGUCAUAAUUUUCACAGGCAUCUUGCCAUCUGAACAUUCUUGGUUUUGCGAUUCUCUUGGUUGGUUACUGUACAAUUGUUGUGAACUGAAUUGUGAACAUUUUAUUCUAUGAUCACUUCCUUCCA